AUGUUUUGCUGGGAACUUCAGGAUAAAUCAGAUUAUUCAUCAAUCCUUAAAAAAGGCCUUUCUAUUAGGGGCAAAAAAUGGGAUUCAAGAAAUAGUAGAAGAGAUCUUAGUGGUAUUUCCAGAUGCAAUUUCUUGUGUAGACGAAGAGGAGCAUUCUGCUCUCCAUCUUGCAGUCAUGUACCGUCGUGAAAAUGUUUUCAAUUUCAUUAUUCAACAAGUGGGAGUGCGUAAAAAAUUAUUGUUGAAAGUAGACAAUGGAGGCAACAAUAUCUUGCACUUGGUUGGACGAAUGCCAUAUCAGCCACAACUUGAAGUUAUUUCUGGUGCAGUUUUACAAAUGCAACGUGAAGUGCAGUGGUACAAGGAACUAGAAAAGCUUGUGCCGGUGCAGGCAACAACAACAAUGAACCACGAUGGAAAGACACCUAUGAUGGUAUUUGAAGAGGACCAUCGUCGUAUGAUCCAAUCUGAACAACAAUGGAUUGUAAGCCUAGCAAGUGCAUGCACUGUUUCAACAACAAUCAUUGGCACAAUAGCAUUUUCAGCAGCCAUUCAAGUGCCAGGGGGAAACAAUCCUGAAGGCCACCCAAUCUUAUAUGAGGGAACCAACUUCACAAUAUUUGCCAUAUCAAAUGCAGUUGCUCUAUACUCGGCCAUCUCCACAUUCUUAAUCUUUUUAUUCAUCUUCACUACACGCUAUGCAGCAAUUGAUUUUCUAUAUUCCCUGCCCCAUAGAUUAAUGAUUGGCCUAAUUUCCCUGUUUGUCUCUAUAACAUCCACUAUUAUAGCUUUCGGUUCUGCCCUAUAUCUCAUGUUUUUCCAAGAAAGCAAACCUCUGAUUCUUACUCCAAUGGUCAUAAUGUCCUUUGGACCAGUGACUCUAUUUGCUUUCUUACAAUUUCCUCUCCUCCUAAAUAUGAUGAAAACCACAUAUGGCCAAAGCAUGUUCAACCUUUCGGAUGGAAGAAAUCAUCAAAAAAAGCAUAAGAUUUUGAGCUUCCUUACAUGUACGUUGUAUCAAAAUUGAAAUGCAACAUUGCUCAUUUCAUCGAUGCCAUAGCGAAAUACAUAAGACGAAUAAAACUCUCCCUUUCCCCUUUUCUCCCUCUAUAAUAUUAAAUGUGUGCUUAUGGGUAAUAAUUGUAAGCACUCUAAUUGAGUGGUUAGUGAAUGUGAUUACUACUAAACUGUCUCUAAUGUAUCAAGUCUUAAGUUGUGUUCAGUGGUGGGUUGCUUUAGUUUGUUAUUGGAGCAUUCUCGUACAAGCGUUUUGUUACAUUACAACAAUAGCCUCUUGUGUGUGCUGAAAUCUAACCAAUUCCACAACCUCGGCCAAUAUUAUCAUGCCACAUGGCACCUUGACCCGAAGUCAUACCAUGUACC